CCAUUGAUCCUUGCAUUCAGCUCUAAUUAUUAGCUUGGUAUUAACGUAUAAAUCUUAUAUAUUGAUAAUGAUCAAACAAAAGAAAAACGGUUAUCUAUCAGUGAACUGACAAAUUUAGUUAUAAGGAAGUGCAUAGGAUUCUAUAUUAAUUUUAAAAAUGACCAGAAUACGUAAUUUUGGACAUUUGCGAUGUUAUGAAAUUAUUUUACAAGCCAGUUAAUCGCUACAAGGAUAUAUAUGUCUUUCUCCGAAAAUAAGAAUAUUGUGGUAGAAAAAGAAAAUCAUAGAAUGUUUCAGAUGAUACAUGUGAAGUAAUAAUUUCAAAGGAAUUAUAUAAAGUCAAAUUCGACGCGUUACAAACACACAAUUAAAGAUUAGCAGUCAGCAAAAACUAGGCAAAAAAUGGGAAGGAAAGUACACACUGGACGAAUUGUCCUCGUAUUUGCUCUUUGCUGGACUUCGGCAACUUUUCUCAUUUUUCAGCAUUUGGACAACCCAACAAAAAUGCAACAUCUCGGACUAAAACAGAUUGCACACGAUGAUGACGGAACGUUUCCGUACUUGAAACCUAAACACACGGAGAUACAACAAUAUAGGAAUAAAAGUGAAUUUUUACACAAAUUAUUGCGCCAGCUUUCUGAAAAAUCAAAAGAAACUGAAAGUGACAUAAACAAAUUGAUUAAUGAAAAUAAACACUAUCUGAAAGCUGAGCCUUCAGACUCCGAGGAAGUCAAACUCAUGUUAAAACAGUUAGAUGGUUACAUGAAAGUGAUUAACAAAUCGCCCACAGCAGUGAAUGGAACUAAUAAUGUCUUGCAAAAUAAGAAAUUGAGAUAUCAAGACGUUGAAGAAGCCAAAGAUGACGAUGCCGAGGAUAUCAAGAAAUCAGUUGCUAAUAGAACAGACAUCGAGGCAGUGGAUGUUAAAACAAUAAGCAAACCAGAUCUGGUGAAAGAAGUCAAAUAUAGAAAUGAAACGGACAAAGAAGAUAAAAGCAAAACAAAUAUAGAUCAACAUUCAAUGUUACAGGAUGCUUAUGAAGUUAAUUACAACAAAAUAGAAGGUGACCCACCGCCACUUCCACCGGCAGUUUAUGAUUUCAUGGGACCUGGAGCACCCGGCGAAGGUGGUAGAGGCGUUUUCAUCAACGAAUCUGCGCUUUCUCCUGAAGAAAGUCUGAAAUUCAAAGAGGGUCAAAAGAGAAAUUCAUUCAAUGAAUAUGCAAGUAACAUGAUAUCAGUACACAGGAGUUUACCUGACACAAGAGAUCCAAGUUGUGCACGACACUUCCGAGGUGAUCUUCCAUCAACAAGUGUGAUAAUCUGUUUUCAUAACGAGGCUUGGACAGUAUUACUACGCACAGUUCACAGUGUCCUUGACAGAUCCCCUGAACAUCUUAUCAAAGAAAUCAUACUCAUAGAUGACUAUUCGGAUAUGGAUCACUUAAAAAGACCUUUGGAAUUUUACAUGUCAAAAUUAGAAAAAGUUCGUAUUGUUAGGACAACCAAACGGCUGGGUCUCAUCAGAGCUCGUUUAGCUGGAGUAUCCGUGGCUACAGCGCCGGUGCUUACAUUCCUUGAUUCGCACGUGGAAUGCUUCCCGGGCUGGCUUGAACCACUGCUGGACAGAGUACAUGAAAACUAUACAAGAGUUGUCGCCCCUGUCAUAAAUAUGAUCGGCUCUCACACAUUCUCCGCCAGCGGCGGAACGGCUACAUCUGUCGGAAUGUUCAAGUUGAUUACCCCAUCUUUCAACUGGAUGCCUUUACCAGAACGGGAACGGAAGAGAAGAAAAUCAAAUGCAGACCCUAUCCGAACGCCAGCCAUUGCAGGAGGACUUUUUGCGAUAAACAGGGAAUAUUUCAUAAAAAUGGGACAAUACGACGCUGGUAUGGAUAUAUGGGGAUAUGAAAACAUAGAAAUCUCACUCAGAAUAUGGAUGUGUGGCGGAUCCCUUGAAAUACAUCCAUGUUCGCACGUUGCUCAUGUGUUUCGCAGUUCGAGCCCGUACAGUUGGGGCCACCAAAAUAUCCAGAAUAUACUCCGACGUAAUGCCGUAAGGAUGGUCGAAGUUUGGCUGGACGAGUAUAAACAAUUUUACUAUGAACAAAUUGGAUAUAAGUUGGGUGAUUAUGGUGACGUAACGGAACGAAAGAAGUUACGUGAACGUCUACAGUGUAAAUCUUUCCAGUGGUACAUCGAGAAUGUCUUUCCUGAGAUUGAAAUACCACCGUUCAGUCGUUUCGUUGGCGAGGUUAAAGGAUCUGGUACGAGGCAAGCAAUGUGUUUAGACAGUAUGAGUCAUGUUGGAAAUGGUAUGCCGGUUGCUAUGGUUCCCUGUCAUGGUAUGCAAGGAAAUCAGCUCUGGAAAUACACAAAGAAGGAUGAAUUUAGAGUGGGAGAGGGAUGUCUAUCAUACAGUGACCGGAAACAUUUAGUCGUCUAUUACCACUGCGGAGAAGAUAAACCAGAAUAUCAAAAGUGGAUAAAACAGGAAAACGGACAAAUUGUUCACACAGUAACCAAACAGUGUCUGGAACGUACAACAAAUAACAAACUUAUCUUGGAGCCAUGUACAGAAGAAAAAGUCUCUCAAAGAUUUUCAUACAUAUCGGCAAAUCAAUAACUUACAGCCACUGGAAAAAGAUUUUUAUAUUCUCGCCAAUACACACCAAAUGUUGUCAAAUACAUAUGUCGAUAGUUUAAUUAUCAGUGCGCGAGUGUAAUGAAUUAAUCUGAUGUUUACUUCAAAACUGACCUUUCCUACAAAGGUCUAGAAUUUUCUAUUAACAAAACUUAGGGGUGCAUGAUGUUCCUUUGCGUGUAUCAUCCUGUAAUCACAUGCGGUCUACCUAUAUUGAAAUAUUUAUCAAAUUUUUAAUAAAAAUGUGAACAACCUUU